AUCCUUCACCAGCAACCGACAACCGCUCGUACCCCUGGGAGCUGCAAGAAACGACAUGGCUGAAUACGAAAAGGAAUCAUCUCCUACCAGCAGGAGCCAUGCGCGGUUCGAGGUGAAGGCGGCCGGCUGGGACGACAAGCCUAUCGUCAAAGGAACCACGGAGACGAUCAGGGCCUGGAUCGUCAAUCAGCCUUGGUGGACGCCACCCCUGGACGGACCCACGCUAGACUUCGGCUGCGGCACGGGGUGCCUGACGAUGGCCCUUAGGGACGACCUCGGCGAGUCUGUGACCGGGGUGGAUACGAGCAGGGCAAUGCUGGAGCAGUUUGAUCGGAAGGCGGAGGGUCGGGGCGUCACCACCGUUGCCGUUGAGCUGACGGGGCCGGGGCAGCUGGGGGAGGGCGCGGACGACUCCUUCGCCCUGGCCUACAGCAGCCUCACCUUGCACCACAUCAGAGAUUGCGAGCGUACCGUUUCGGCGCUGGCGGGGUACCUCCGCCCUGGGUCCGGUCGUCUGGUGCUGUUCGACCUAGAGGCUACGGAGGACGCCCAUAAGUUUCACCCGGCAGACUUCGAGCUGGGCAACCAACUUGAACACCACGGCAUCCGCGAGUCGGACCUGAGGGCGUGGUGCGAGAGCAGCGGGAUGCUCGAGGACCUGAGCGUGGACCGCAUCGGCUUCAGCAAGGGGGAAGGGGAGGACGGCGCCUUCGGGACCGGCCGCGAGUUCACGCUGCUGGCCGCGACGUGCGUCAGGAAGGCGGAGGGCGCGGAGCAGAGAGAGGCGAGACGAAGCAGCAUUGCUGGGGACUUGAGCGACGGGUGCCUGGCAUGCAACCGGCGGGAGGCUGAGUAUGAGUGCGUCCCGUGCGGAUGCCAUGCCUUCUGCAGGGGCUGCGCGAUGAAGGUCGCCACCGGCGGGAGGUGCAAGAGAUGCAAGAACAUGUUCGUGGACCUGAAGCGGCUGAGGUGACGGGGGGGCUGGAUAAAAAGCCCCUUUUGCUUGCCUAAAAGCUGUAGUAGGCUUGACUUGUUCACGCAGAAAAAAACGGGUAUUGCGAUCGUGUGCAAAGGGGACGGGAAACUUCUGCAUGCCCCAGAUAACUGUCGUGCUUUAGACGCACUUGAUCAAAAGGGGGGGUCGGGGGCAGGCGGACUUUUGGUUGAGUGCUUCGUGCGGAAUACAGCCAGGGGGGGGGGGGGGGGGGGNGGGGGGGGGGGGGAGGAGGAGAGAUGUUUUGUUUUGGUCACCUUAGCCCUUGACGUCAUUGCCCACCAUCACAGCUCAAUAGACAGAGCACCAACAGUGGCCAUGUUCCUACUAGAGUCCCUAAGGACGUGUGGAGGGGUGGAGCCUUCGAGUCUUUCCCCUAUCUUAAGCCACCAUCCCUCCUCUGUACUGUCUUCUCCUUCCGGCGGAGGGAGGACGGUAGGUUCAUCUCGGUUCUCUCUUUGUCCGCCAAGAAGACCCAGCGGUCACGACUGACAGCGAGAGUCUCAGUAGAUAUUAGAUUCCGCCAGUGUGACUGACUGCCUUAAGGCCCGUUGACGUUCAACACCAUAGGACUCACUGCUUGUUUUGUUGAUGGCCUAUUUCUUGUUGCUAUUGUUGCGCGGGAAACUUGCGCUCUUGACUGCGCAUGCAUGCAGCAUAUCAUUUUUCGUUGUCCAUUAUCAAGAUCCUCGAUGUGAGUAUGUUUGUAUACCCUUCUUGGGAAGUUGACCUACCUGUGACCACGGAAGGAUGGCAUCAUCCGCGUUGUCAGUUGCCUAGCCCUAACCCUAACCCUAACCGGGACGGAUGUGAAACCGGGACCGGUGUGAAACCGGGACGGGUGUUACGACGUGCAACAAAGGAUCGGUGUGUUGGGAAUUCGAAAGAGAUGUUUUUUUUUUUAUCGAUUUUGUGGAGACCACCUUCGUAAAGGUUGAAACUCCCCAACGUCUGUCGAGGACGAAACCCUCUUUUUCCACAAUGGCGUCGACGAAGAGAUGUCAGCGUGUCUACUUUUGGUUGUGAAAGACGCGGGUUCAAAACCCGCUGCUCACCAAAUUUUCUUCCGGAGUACUACGGGAAAAAGAAAAAGACGGUGGGUGGGCCAAGAAACGAUGCACUGUCUAUCGAACUCGAAACUUCUGGCAAUGCGUGGCGGAAGUGGCGCACCCACACACACGCACAGAAGAUUGUUGGAAAAACAGGUGGUUCUACUCGCCGCCAGCCGAUCGGGUUCCGGUUACCCCAAGAAGACUUCUCCUGCCUAGCAAACAAGAAGAAGCCUCG